AUGUCAUCCACCAGGCAGCUAUACUACAAAGUCACACAGAUACGUUCUUCAAUAGGUAUGCCUCCAACUACACGACACACGUUGGAAGCUUUGGGGUUAAAAAGAAGAAACCAAACAGUAUAUGCAAAAUGUGAUGUGUCGUCCGCUCAUUCAUUAGCAAAAGUCAAAGAACUUGUGAAGAUAGAAGUCACCAAUGAGAAAAAGACUAGGGAGGAAUUAAAUCGUGAACGAAAGUGGAAAAGUGGAUAUGAGGUUAUUCCACAAGGUACGAGGAAAGUUUAUGAGUAG